AAACCCAACUUUCACAGUCCUCAUAGUCACAUUCUCUCACUCACGCCGGUAACAAACCAUGGUUUCUCCUACUCCAUUUUUAACUCUCUCUUCUCUUCUCUUAGUCUUGCUUCUAUGUACUGCUGGAGUAAACUCAUCCUCCACCCCACCAACCAAGAUUGGCAAUGGCUACCGUCUGAUCUCCAUUGAGCGGACCCCUGAUGGAGGCCUUGUGGGCCACCUCGUAGUCAAUCAGAAAAACAAUAUCUACGGUCCUGAUAUCCCUACCUUGCAGCUCUCUGUCAAGCAUGAGACCCAUGAUCGAUUGAGGGUCCACAUCACUGAUGCAGAGAAGCAGAGAUGGGAGGUACCGUACAAUCUGUUGCCUAGAGAACAACCCCCAGUGUUAAAACAAACGAUUGGGAGAUCAAGAAAGAGCCCAAUAACAGUGGCCGAGACUGAUUACCCAGGCUCUGAGCUCGUUUUCAGCUACACCACAGACCCAUUUGGGUUUGCUGUGAAGAGAAAAUCAAAUGGGCAAACCCUUUUCAAUUCAAGCUCAGACGAAUCAGACCCAUUUGGUAAUUUGGUGUUUAAGGACCAGUACCUUGAGAUUUCCACUAAGUUGCCUAAUGAUGCGUCACUGUAUGGGUUGGGUGAGAACACACAGCCACAUGGGAUCAAACUGUAUCCAAAUGAUCCGUACACUCUGUAUACCACUGAUAUUUCAGCUAUCAAUGUUAACACUGAUUUAUAUGGGUCCCACCCGGUGUACAUGGAUCUUAGGAAUGUGGGUGGAAAGCCCUAUGCACACUCGGUUUUGUUGCUAAACAGCAAUGGGAUGGAUGUGUUUUACGGAGGGACUUCAUUGACGUACAAGGUUAUUGGUGGUGUUUUAGAUUUUUACUUCUUUGCUGGGCCUACACCUUUGGGCGUGAUAGAUCAGUACACUUCCUUUGUUGGCAGGCCAGCUCCAAUGCCUUAUUGGUCUCUGGGAUUCCACCAAUGCAGAUGGGGUUACCAUAAUUUAUCUGUAGUUGAAGACGUUGUUGCGAACUACCAAAAGGCUCAAAUCCCACUUGAUGUGAUUUGGAAUGAUGAUGAUCAUAUGGAUGGACACAAGGACUUCACCCUCAACCCCAUCAGCUACCCUCAGUCGAAGCUUUCGGCAUUCCUUGACAAAAUACACAGCAUUGGUAUGAAAUACAUUGUCCUUAUUGAUCCUGGAAUUGCUGUUAAUUCCAGUUAUGGCGUAUAUCAAAGGGGAAUUUCCAAUGACGUAUUCAUUAAGUACGAGGAUGAACCCUACUUAGCUCAAGUUUGGCCAGGGGCUGUAUACUUCCCUGACUUCCUAAACCCAAAAACUGUAUCAUGGUGGGGUGAUGAAAUCCGCCGCUUUCACGAGCUUGUCCCUGUUGAUGGUUUAUGGAUUGACAUGAAUGAAGCUUCAAAUUUCUGUUCUGGGAAGUGUACAAUCCCAAAGGGCAAGCAGUGUCCCACUGGGACAGGACCUGGCUGGGAUUGCUGCUUGGACUGCAAGAACAUUAUAAAGACAAGAUGGGAUGCUCCUCCUUACAAGAUAAAUGCUUCAGGUUUGCAGAAACCAGUAGGGUUUAAAACCAUAGCAACUAGUGCAGUUCACUACAAUGGCGUUUUGGAGUAUGAUGCUCACAGUCUCUAUGGUUUCUCUCAAUCCAUUGCAACUCACAAAGCCCUUCAAGGACUCGAAGGCAAGCGUCCAUUUAUAUUAUCUCGCUCCACUUAUGUUGGUUCAGGCCAAUAUGCUGCCCAUUGGACUGGAGAUAACCAAGGCACUUGGGAGAAUUUGAGGUACUCAAUUUCCACAAUGCUCAAUUUUGGUAUAUUUGGGGUGCCAAUGGUUGGUUCAGAUAUAUGUGGAUUUUAUCCACAACCAACAGAAGAGCUUUGCAAUCGUUGGAUUGAAGUUGGUGCUUUCUACCCGUUCUCAAGGGAUCAUGCAAACUACUACUCCCCAAGACAGGAGCUUUAUCAAUGGGAAUCAGUUGCUGAGUCUGCCAGAAAUGCUUUGGGUAUGAGGUAUAAGCUCCUGCCUUACCUGUACACCUUAAACUACGAGGCUCAUAUUAGCGGAGCCCCAAUUGCCAGGCCACUUUUCUUCUCAUUCCCAACUUACACUGAGGUUUAUGGGCUGAGCACCCAAUUCUUGCUAGGGAGCAGUCUCAUGGUAUCUCCAGUUCUUGAGCAAGGGAAAUCACAGGUUACAGCUCUGUUUCCCCCGGGUUCUUGGUACAGUUUGUUUGAUAUUACGCAGACUAUCACAUCAAAAGGCGGGCUCAACGUUACCCUUGAUGCGCCUCUGCAUGUGGUUAAUGUGCAUUUGUAUCAAAAUACCAUUUUACCAAUGCAGCAGGGUGGAAUGAUUUCAAAGGAAGCUAGAAAGACACCUUUCAACCUCAUAGUGACUUUCCCAGCAGGGUCUGAUGGGGAAGCCAAAGGGAACCUUUUCAUUGAUGAUGAUGAGUUGCCAGAAAUGAAACUUGGAAAUGGUUAUUCCACAUAUAUUGAUUUUCAUGCAACAGUUAGUAAGGGAACUGUGAAGGUGUGGUCAGAAGUCCAGGAGAGCAAGUUUGCUUUAGAUCAAGGUUUGCACAUUGAGAAGAUUUCAGUGUUGGGAUUGGAUGGUAGUGGACAAGCAUCUGCACUUGAGGUUAAUGGAAAACCGGUGACGAAUGCUUCGAACAUAGAGUUAAGCACAACCAAACAAAAUGUGUUGGAAGGUGGAGGAGAUAAGGUGAAGAUAGUGAUGGUAGAGAUUAAGGAUUUGUCAUUAGAUGUAGGAAAGAACUUUGCCAUUACCUGGAAAAUGGGACCAAAGGUUGAGGAUAAGAGGAUUAUGUAGGAUUUUUUGUUAUUCUCUCUUUUUUUUUUUUUUUUUUUUUUUUGGUUAAAGGAUUUUUUGUUAUUCUCUUUAUCUUGUUUUUUAUGCUUUUUCAUGAUCUUAAAAUGUAGCUACUAGCAACCCAAAAUUAAACUUUCAAAUUAUGUCUUUCUUAAUAUU